AUGUCUUUUAUAACACAUAGACUGAAAAAUACAUUCAAAACUCAAGAUGAUAACGAACCAGCUGAAGGGUUUCCCGAUGAAAAUGCUUUGGAGAUAAAAAAAGGAGGAGCAAUUCCAUUUUCUUCUACCCAGCAAGAUGAAGUUUCAACUCUAGGAAGCGAAACUACUGAACUUCCUUGGUAUAAAAAACUUAUUUAUGCACUUGAGUUAGACAAUAGUGACCAUGACAGAAGCGUUCGUGAUUCAUUUUUGUACAAUCAUGAUUUGAGACCUGUUGAGCAGGCACGUAGAAAAUGGUCUUGGUUCAAUUACGUUUAUUUCUGGAUUGCUGAUUGUUUUAACAUCAAUACAUGGCAAAUUGCCUCCACUGGUUUGCAAUGGGGGCUUAAAUGGUGGGAGGCUUGGUUGACUGUUUGGGUUGGUUAUUUUUUGACUGCUUGUUUUGUUGUAUUAAGUGCUAAAAUAGGUUCUAAUUACCACAUUUCCUUCCCAGUUAGUGCUCGUAUAUCUUUUGGUAUUUUUUUCUCAUUAUGGCCUGUUAUUAAUAGAAUUGUUUUAAGUGUUAUUUGGUAUUCGUGCCAAACAUAUUUGGGAAUGGAACCGGUUUCGUUGAUGCUCCAAAGUAUUUUUGGUAAUGAUUUGCCAGAAAGAAUACAUAACCAUAUUAACAGUCCCAAUACAACAACUUAUCAAUUCAUGUGCUUUUUUAUCUUUUGGGUUUGUGAAUUACCAUUCAUUUAUAUCCACCCACAUCAGAUUCGUCACUUGUUUACUGUCAAGGCAUGUUUGGUCCCCUUUGCUGCCUUUGGGUUUUUAAUUUGGGCAUUGGUUAAAUCACAUGGCGAAAUUGCUUUGACUUCUUUAAAUGGCGUUGAUCACUUAUCCACCAAAGAUCACGGCUGGGCUUUUGUAAGAGGCGUUCUAAAUUCCAUUGCAAAUUUUGCUACUUUGAUUGCUAAUGCUCCCGAUUUUUCAAGAUUUUCUGUUACACCCAAGAGUGCUACAUGGUCCCAAUUGUUUUCAAUUCCAUUUUUUUUCAGUGUGACAUCCUUGAUUGGUAUAAUUGUCACUUCUGCAGCUUACAAGCUUUAUGGGGUUAAUUAUUGGUCUCCUGUCGAUGUGUUACAAAAGUUUUUGGAUGAUGGAUUUACCAGGGGUGACAGAGCCGGGGUUUUUUUGAUCAGUUUUGUUUUUUGUGUUGCCCAAUUAGGUACCAAUAUCAGUGCGAACUCUUUAUCUGCUGGUACAGAUAUGACAGCUUUGUUGCCUAGGUUUAUAUCUAUUAGAAGAGGUGGAUAUGUUUGUGCACUUCUAGCCUUGUGUAUUUGCCCUUGGAAUUUGAUGGCCUCUUCUAGCAAGUUUACCGAUGCAUUGAGCGCUUAUGCCGUUUUCCUUUCCUCCAUUGCAGGUGUUAUUUGUUGCGAUUACUAUGUUGUGCGUAGAGGGUAUGUUGAUCUACUACAACUAUACACUGGUGAUCAAAAAAAAAGUAUUUACAUGUAUUCAAAUAGGUUUGGUUUAAAUUGGAGAGCAUUAGCUGCCUACUUGGGUGGUAUCGUUCCAAAUAUGCCUGGUUUUAUUGGUGAUGUAGGAAAUAAUAUAUAUGUACCUCAAGGUGCAAUUUAUUUGUAUUAUUUGAACUAUUUGGUAGGAUACUUUGUAUCAUUUUUACUAUACUUGAUUUUGUGUUAUUUUUUCCCUGUGCCUGGAUCCAAGUUGGGUGAUAAAAACUGGUAUGAAACUUUUAUUAACGUUGAAUAUUUUGAAGAGGAAAGAAAUCAAUUCUUGAACGAUGAUGCUGCACAAAUUGAUUUUUAUGAUGCCGUUGAUGCAGGACAACAAAUUACACCUGCUAUUGACCCUGUUAGUGAAAAAAUCAAGAAUUUUGAAAAUGAAAAGUAG